CUAUCGUACUUACUCCCUUUCUGUCAGCGUUGUGGGACUGAAGUACUUUACGAGACGCUCCGAUCUCUUUCUGGUAGUUAUGGAUUCUGAACAAAGAUGUGUUAAUCAGAUAUAAGUGAACACCAACAUCUAAAAAAUUGAACCCCGUCAGCAAAGUGUGAAACCCAAGCCAACGUAUUCCAUUUCUCUUAUAUGGAUUUUUUCUGCACAUGUGCAGACAAUUGUCCUCCACAGGGGCUUGGCAGGAUCCAGUUUCAGUCGCUUAUAGAAAAGCCCGCUACGCGCCUGACCGUAUUCCAAAACCCAGGAGUCAAAAUUCUCUCACAUAAAACUUAAACUUCUGUUAAUUCGACUUUCAACACAACCCGCGCAAGCAAAUCGACAUCCAAGAUGGAACCUGGCAUGGCAGAUCCGGGGUUCCCCACUAGCCCCACUGCAGCAAAUACAGCCACUGCUAGCAUGCCCGGUUUACCGGGCAUCCGUUUUGAUCCCAUCUACUUUCGUUCUAUUCCUGGAAUACUGAAGUGUGUUCAGAUGGUGUUGAACCUAGUGGGCUAUAUCUGCGUGAUGUGUUCCGUGCAAUCCGACGCCUACACGGCCGGUUGGUUCUCUUUCGUGUCCAUGACUGGCUUUUGGGUGACGGGAAUCCUGCUUGUGCUUUACCUGAUGCAUGUACUCGAGAAGUUCCACAUGGUUCCGUGGCUUUUUCAGGAAUUGGGGUACUGUGCUUUGUGGACAUUCUUCUACUUCACGGCCUCCACAGCCUGUGCUUCCUGGGGCGGUUACUACCCGGCCUGGGCCGCCGCCGCCUUUUUCGGAUACGCAGCCAUGAUCGCAUACGGAGUGGAUGCUUUCUUUAAGUUCAAGGGAUGGCGAAGCGGCGAAAUGGCCCAGGGCGAGAGGCAGAUGCGGGCGGGAGGCCCUGAAAUGCAGUCUCCAGAUGCUUACUAAGAUUUUACUUUAAUAGAUGCUUGUGUUCCAUCUUUGUUAGCUGAAUGAUGGUUGUUAAGAGACUGAAGACCAAUAAAAAGAUAUGUGAAAAAAUG